AUGGCGCGGAGCCGGCCCGGGCGGUGCGGGCGGCGCGGGCGGCGCGGGCGGUGCGGGCGGUGCGGGCGGGGCGCGCUGCUGGCCUGCGCGGCGUGGACGGCGGGCUGGGUGCUGGCGGCCGCACUGCUGCUCCGCGCGCACCCGGGCGUCCUCUCCGAGCGCUGCACGGAUGAGAAGAGCCGGCGCAUCCUGGCCGCGCUGUGCCGGGACUACGAGGGCGGGGCGCUGGUGGGAGACCUCUGUGAGGACCUGUGCGUGGCGGGGAAGCUGCUGUACCGGCGUUGCCUGUACUACGAGAGCGGCAAGAAGGUGCUGCAGGCCGACUGGCGCGGCCGGCCCGUCAUCCUCAAGUCCAAGGAGGAGGCGUUCUCCAGCUUCCCGCCGCUCGGCCUGCUGGAGGACGCGGCCGACGAGGGCGCCCAGGACCUCCCGGAGGCUGAGCUGCUGCUGCUGGUGGCCGGCGAGGUCAGGAACGCCCUGGGCCUGGAGCUGCCCGGCGGCAGCCUGCGGCCCCUGUGGCCAGGCGGGCGCGGUCCGCGGUGGCGGGGCCAGCUGGCCAGCCUGUGGUCACUGCUGCAGCAGGAGGAGUUCGUCCUCUUCAGCCUGCUGCAGGACCUGAGCCGGCACGCCCUGCCCGUGCUGGGCUCCUGCGGCCACUUCUACGCCGUGGAGUACCUGGCAGCCGGCAGCCCCCGCCACCGGGCCCUCUUCCCCCUUGAGGGCGCGGCGGGGGGGCCCCGGGGCAGCCGGGGCCAGGCCAAGGCCGUCAGCGACAUGGCGCUCAGCUUCCUGGACAUGGUGAGCCAUUUCGAGGACGACUUCUCUCACCGCCUCCACCUGUGCGACGUCAAGCCGGAAAACUUUGCCAUCAGGAGUGACUACACGGUGGUGGCCAUCGACGUGGACAUGGCCUUUUUUGAACCUAAAAUGCGGGAAAUUCUUGAGCAGAACUGCACGGGAGACGGAGACUGCAAUUUCUUCGACUGUUUUUCCAAGUGUGAUUUGCGCGUCAACAAGUGUGGAGCAGAAAGAGUCAACAGCAACCUGCAGGUCAUCUGCGACAAGAUCUUCCGCCACUGGUUCUCCUCGAGUCUCGGCGGCCCCGCCCUGUCCUUCCCGCGGCAGCGGCAGCUGCGGGACGCGGUGCAGGAAUGCGCGGACCCCCGCAGCACCGCGCGCGGCCCCCCGAGAGCAGCCCGCGACGUGUUCCGGAAGCUUCGGCACCUCCUCCGAGCCACGCAGAGGGAACUGCAGGACGCAGAGGAGUAGCGGCGGCGGCGGCAGCCUCGGGCGGGUUCCCUCCAGCAGGUUGUUGGGAGGAGCAACCUUCCUCUGGGCCGGCGCCGCGCGGCACGUGCGCCCCUGCUCGUCCGCGGACUCGCCGCCGGCCGCCGCGAGGGCGCCUCUUCGCUCCCAGCCUGGCCUCGGUCCGUCUUGUGGGGCUACCACCCGGCCUUGGGCCGUCACCCCUUUAAAGAUGACACGAGGGAGGCAGGCACAGAGCGGUUCCUGUUUGGAGCCUCUCCGUCAGGGAGCAGCGCGGACCGACGGGCCGUUACUGUGCAGAAGGGGCCGGUGCUCGGCGGUGAGACCCGGAGCUCCAGCUCGCCUCCCUGCCCGUCACCGCCUUCCAAAACGUGCACGUGUGUGUGCCCACGGGCAAGUGUAGGUGUUGGCACAGGUGCACUCGCACGAGUCUGUGUGCGUGAGUGUGCACGUGAGUGUGAGUUGUCCCGGCGUGUGCUUGCCGUGUGAGCGUGAGCAGGGGAGUGUGCGAGGCUCUGGGGUCGGGGAAGGGGGCUUCCCUGCGUGCCUUCGGGGACAACCAGCCGAGCUGGAAUUGGGAAUCUGGAAUUAUACACAAUAAAAGCCAAACGUUGCAUCUUUA